GCAACAGCAGCAGCAGAGCGAUUCCAACAUUGGAGAACUGUCAUCUAGGAAUGCUUCAAAUAUCAAAUCAUCAGAUGUUUAACCUCGCAUCAGAAGAAUUCAGUUGUAAAGAACUGCAAAUGAUCUUAUGCAAAGAGUUGACAAAUAGUGAUGUUUCAAACAUUGGGAGAAUUGUACUACCAAAGAGGGAGGCUGAGGCUUAUCUUCCUCCAUUAUCUGAAAGAGAAGGGAUCCUGCUUGACAUGGAUGACAUGACACUUGCAGUUACAUGGAAGUUCAAGUUCAGGUUUUGGCCAAACAACAAGAGUAGAAUGUAUAUAUUGGAAAAUACAGGUAUGGAAGAACAACUUCAUAGUUUCUAGACCACAGCUCAUUCUUAUUUUUUCCAUGAUCAGCUGGUUUUGUCAGAGCACAUUGCCUUCAAGCAGGGGACUUUUUAUUCAUCUACAGGAAUCCAAC